AGGAAGCCUUUUUGCACCGCUGGCGGCGAGGUCGUCCAUGGGGGGCACGACCCCUGGCAUUCCGCGUCCUUCCGCUCUCGCCGGCCCCCUCUCGCUGCCGCAGGCCUCCCUUUUGCCCGUUCCGCCCGACAGCCGCAUUCUCCCUUUUUUUUUUUUUUUGCUUUGCGCGCCCGCCCUCGCUGGGUGCAAUUUUUGCAUGACGCUGGCGCCGGUGGAGGGCACCAAUGCAACACACCUCUCCCCAUUAUGCUCUACAACCGCCCUCGCCCAGCGACGCCUGCUGCCAGCCGCAGUGUACGGCAAAAGUUCCAAUGCAUGA